AUGGCUAUUUCACUUCAUGAUGGCAUUGUCCUUGCUGUCUACAUCUUUGCCUUCCUGACGGGCCUCCCAGCUAACCUCCUGGCUUUUUACACGUUCCUGGGGAAACUGCGCAAGAAACCAGCCCCCAUAGACAUCCUCUUGUUCAACUUGACAGUGUCUGACGUGAUACUCCUGCUCUUCCUGCCCUUCAAGAUGGCGGAGGCUGCCUCAGGCAUGGCUUGGCCUCUCCCGGCCUUCCUCUGCCCUUUCACUGGCUUCUGCUACUACAGCAGCAUCUACAUUAGCACCCUCUUCCUCAUGGCAAUCAGUGUGGAGCGCUACUUGGGUGUUGCUUACCCAAUCAAGUACAAGUUGAAUCGCAGGCCAAUCUAUGCAGUAGUGGCUAGCUUCUUCUUCUGGUUGCUUGCCUGUUCCCACUGUAGCAUUGUCUACAUUGUACAGUUCCGGUUGCCAAACUACAAUGAGACCAACACCAACUCAACUGAUAGAUCCAAUUGCUACGAUGAGUUCACCUCCGAACAACUCCACGUCCUCCUCCCUGUCCGUCUGGAGCUCUGCAUUACACUCUUCUUGCUCCCCUUCUUUGUCUGCCUCUUCUGCUAUGUCAACUUAGUCCGCAUCCUGACUUCCUCACCCAACAUCCAAUCCCGUAGGAAGCAACGGGCUGUGGGCCUAGCCGUGGUCACUCUGCUCAAUUUUGCCAUCUGCUUUGCUCCCUACAACAUCUCCCACAUUGUGGGCUUCAUUCAGCAAAAGAGCCCUACCUGGAGAGUCUAUGCUUUGCUCCUCAGCACACUCAAUGCCUCCUUGGACCCGGCAAUCUUCUACUUCUCCUCCACUGCCAUCCAGCAAACCCUGGCUGACUGCUUUGCUGGUGUGGGCCGCAAGCUCCAGGCCAUCAUGCCGUCAUGUUAUCAGUUUUGUUUGCCUUGCUGUGAGGUGGAGGGAGAUAACGUUGAAGCUGAAAAGUCGUCCAUUUAUAAUAUUGGGGACCUGCCUCUUGAAAGGGUAGGGAGUGGGAGCUAG